AGCCGUGAACUACAUUACCCAUAAUACACUGGGGUCAUUUAAUGUUGACGUGUGAAUUGCUGGUAGCGUGAAAGAUUCCGGGUUCGCAGCAUCCAGCUGUCGGAGUCGGACAUCACUUAACUGUAAAAUACUUUAACACCAUAUUGUGAACUUAAAGCGGCGUGUGGCUCUCCAACAGUGUGUCACGAUGUCCGGAGAAAUGUCUAUGAUUGGCUCGGUGAUCCUGGCUCUGUUUCUGGCCGGUUAUCUGGGCCAGCAGUACUUGCCGCCACCCACACCCAAAGUGAUCGGCCUGGACCUGGGCACCACCUUCUGCUCGGUGGGCGUCUUUCAUCCAGGCACCGGCGAGGUGGAGGUGAUAACAGACGAAGAUGGGAGGAAGAGCAUCCCCAGCACUGUCUCCUUCAACACCACCGCGGUGCUGGCCGGGCACGAGGCCGUGGAUAUGGCCGACAUCAACCCACAGAAUACCAUCUAUGAUGCCAAGAGGUUUAUCGGGAAGAUAUUUGAGCCGGAGGUGAUGGAGCAGGAGAGUGCCCGUUACCCGUUUAAGGUGAUCAACAACAACGGAAGUGCAGAAUUUCUGAUUACUGAUUCCAACCGUACCUUCACUGUGAGCCCAGAGUUCAUCGGUUCCAGGCUGCUGCUGAAGAUGCGGAAGAUGGCCGAGCGUCAGCUGGGUGUGUCCAUCCAGAGAGCUGUCAUCUCUGUGCCUGCAGAAUUUGACGAGAGGCAGAGGAACUACACUGUCAGGGCCGCCAACCUGGCUGGCUUGGAGAUCCUGCGUGUGAUCAACGAGCCCACGGCUGCUGCCAUGGCCUAUGGCCUGCACAAGGUGGACGUCUUCAAUGUGCUGGUGGUGGAUCUCGGGGGAGGAACUCUGGAUGUGUCUCUCCUUAACAAACAGGGGGGCAUGUUCCUCACCAGAGCCAUGGCAGGAAAUAACAAACUGGGAGGACAAGACUUCAGCCAGAGGUUGCUCCAGUACACCACGGAGCGAGUCCGACAGGAGUUUGGCGUCCCACCCACUCUCAAAGAGGACAUCCACCAUCUCCGACAGGCUGUGGAAGCCGCCAAGCUCAACCUCACCCUCCAACCCAUCACCACCAUCGCUGUGCCGCUGCACCUACACACUGCCGGCAGCUCCGAGACGCCAGAAAACCCCAGCACUGCUACUCCAGUUCUCUUCAAGGCUGAAAUUAGCCGCGAGCUGUUUGAGGAGCUGAACGAGGACCUUUUCCAGAAAAUUCUGACCCCUGUUAAGACCGUGUUAGCUGAGGGCCACCUGAAGAAGGAGGAUGUGGAUGAGAUUGUUCUGGUCGGGGGGUCCACGAGGAUCCCGCGGAUCAGGAGGCUGAUCAGCGAGUACUUUGGGAAGGAGCCCAACACUUCAGUUGACCCUGACCUGGCUGUGGUCACAGGUGUGGCCAUUCAGGCCGGCAUCAUGGGCGGCUCCUGGCCUUUGCAAGUGAGUGCUUUGGAAAUCCCCAACAGACACCUGCGCAAAACGAACUUCAGCUAAUCUUCAAACUCAUUUAUUAACGUAGAAGGGACUCUCCUGAGAUUCAUCACUGUGUAACGUGACUCCUGCUGAUUUGCUGAUCGUCCUAAAUGAAAGCAUAGCAGACAUUCACAUGUUGCUUUGCUUUCAACGACAACAACUACAAAAACAAACAAAAUUCCAUUCAUGUACUGAGACACACCAAGAUUCCUGUCAGAUGUGCAGCAGGAAGAACAGUGAGAUUCUGAUAAAAUGCCACCGAGACACUUCUCUGUUAUGUAUCUACAAAUGAAAUCAUCUUCAGCGCGUCAUGGCAUUUAAUUCAGGGACCAUCCACUCAUUUAACACUUGUCAGUACAUCUUCAGCUAUUUAUUUAUUUAUUGUCUGUAACAGUAUAGCGAUGCGUGUGUGCGUGUGUGUGUGUGUGAAUGCAGAAGCUUUCUUGUCUUCCCAUCAAAGGCUGACGUGCAGUGUUCUUGUGCCUUUUUAGAAAGCUGCUACAAUAAGUGAAUCACUGCAUGUCAGUGGUUCAGACACAAAGACCUUUGUCCAGAUUCUUCAUAUGUUUAACGUUAGCUGGAAUUCACGCUUAACACAAAUAAUUUAUUACACAUUUUGCCAUAUAAUGGACGUCUUACCUCGUGAAGUGAGUUCCCUAUGACAUGUGAAGGAUGCAUUUUGGCAACGGCCUUAAUGUUUACUGUACUGUCAAUCUGAAUUCAUGAGCAUGGAUUCUUUCUGUGAGCAGAUCAGAUUAAUGGUCUCGGAGAUAUAAGGAAAGAUGUAGUCAGUGCUGCACUUUUGAGGACUUCCACUUAUUGCCCACCUUCUCGUGUUCCUGCUUCAUUUAAAUGGAGUUUGGACAAGCAGUGAGAGAAGGUGGACUCGGGUCGUCCCUCAGAAGGACCAAAGCGUUGCUUACUGGUGCCUUGUGUAUUUGACGUUAAGAGUUGUGUUACGGUGCCAAAAUAGACACAUUUGUUCAGUGUGAAAAACAUUAUGUUUCUCCUGCACUUUUUUAGGCUGGUUAUUGUGCAUCCACCAUCAAGGCUGAUUUCCAUUUCUGUUCAAAAGAUAAGCAUCUUUUUUUUAAAUGUAAAAUUGUAUCUCUGAAGUACAGACAGUCCAUCCAAAUCUUGACCACAUUCCUUUUAAAACUUUGUCUUAAUUUCUUUUUACAAAUGAAGUCAUGUUGUAACCGACCUUGAUGCAAGGCGACAUCGCUUCAAGUAGUUUCAAUCCCUGCGGAAAUAAGGAGACCACAUCAUAAUCAUGAUGACUGUAAUAGAAAUUGUGAGACUGAUCUAUUUUUGUAUCACAAGUUGUAUUCGUUAUCAGAGUCUAAUUGCUAAAAAUAUGCAAGUUGCAAUGACCAAUAAAAACUGUAUUUCCCAACGUCUCAA